GUAGCAAAGACGGUAUGGAAAUUCCAUUCCUCCAUUAUCUCUGUUGUAGCUAGCUGGUAUGCAAUGAAAUGUCGCUUGCUACUGAAGUUUAGUUAGCUAGCUUUAAGCCAUAGAAAAGAUUUGGGCUAUGUUAUAUAAAUGGACAUAUGUUUUCUACUUUAUUAUGUAUGUAAACACAUAGGUCGACAAGACGGAGCCAUGAAGGACGGACAGCAUGGUUGUUCAGGAGAGGCGUUUAAAACCGUCACUGUUGAUUGGCCAGACAGCAACGGUACCACUGAAGAACGUUAGCGAGCUAGCUAAGUGUGCUGAGACUUGCGUUACAUCGACGGACCCCAUCGCCUGUUCCAAUACGGUUCGUGACUGUACUGUAAAAACUUGCCAUAAACACAAGGACUGGGUCAGAUAUGUUUCACCAACUUCCAUUGAGAGAUCCGGACCGAUUGAGACUAUGGCUAGUUGCCCUGAACAUUGACGCCAAUACUCUGACUGACGACCUCAGAAAGUUACUAGUAUGCUCAGAACAUUUUUCCAGGGGACUAUGAGAGAAUGGAACUGUCAAGCAGUAAGAUUAAAAGGUAUGUCCCAUCAGUGGGCAUUCUAUGCACGACAUGUAGGCAAGCCAUAUAAACGGACAUGUUUUCCAAUUCUUUAUUAUUGUGUUAAGAGGGAGCCAUGGAGGACAUACAUCAUGGUUGGUCAGGAGAGGGUAUUAACACAGCAGUGCCACUGAAGAAUGUUGUCCAUCCAUUGAGGAGGACCAGUGCGUGAACAUUCAGCCCAGAAGCUCAGAUGAGUUGAACCACGGAGAACAGGUGAGUGAAGUGUCAGUGGUCCUGCCGUGUGAAUACAGAGACGUAGACGACAGCUGUUCCCUGAGGAUGGAGGGGAACAGGUCUGUGAAGCAGGAGACUAGAAGUGUUGCCUCCUAUAGCGAGGAAGAGAAGAAGCUGUUGGCUGCCAUGGUGUUUGAGAAGGGGGAACUGGAGCUGACUGGCUCUCUGGUGACUGAGGUGACUGAGGAUCUACAGUACAGUGAUGCAGACACUGCACCCAACAGGGAGGAAAGGGCUCUGUACCUAGAGGAGGAGAAAGGAGAUGAGAGACAGGCAGAUGAAGGGACUGCCCAGCAGAGAGGAGCGGCAGGCUAAUGCUGAGUGGGAACCCUCAGUGGAGCCGGAGGUGACUUUAGAUUCUGCGAGCGAGAGACCGAGCGAGCCAGCCAGCCAGCCUACACUCCACGCCGACACAAGAAGCUGUGUGUGUGAUGGCCAGCCUGAGGAGCCUGUUCCGCUGUUCUGUCUGUGGGAAGCACUGCGUGGAUGAAGCUGACCUCAAGCAUCACCAGAGGCUUCACUGUCAAGAGCAUGUCUACUCCUGUAAGUUCUGCCUCAAGCACUUCAAGGCCAGGGAAGACAAGCGGACCCACGAGAAGGACGACCACAGGGUCAAAAAGUUGCACUAUAGGUGCUCCAAAUGCCCCUGCGGAUUUUACAACAUCUUGAAACGGAACCGCCAUCUCAGAGAGCAUGAGUCCAAGAGACAUUUGUAACACGUGCUACAAGGAAUUCCCCCAACUUAGCAAGCUUGAGAAGCACGAGCUGAGCCACAGUGACAACAAAUCUUUCAGGUGUCAGGUGUGCCAGCGUCCCUUUGCCCAGGCCAGCCAGCUGAAGUCUUACCUGCACGUCCACACUGGGGUGAAGCCCUUCAAAUGCCAGUGCUGCGUCAAGAGCUUUAACCACAACGUCAGCCUCAAGAACCUCGUCACACGCUAUCACCAAGGGGAGAGUGGGGAGGGAGUGGAGGUGGGAGAGCGGAGGAGCAGGCGACAGUGGAACUAUGACCCUGAGGAGAACGAGGGUCAGAAUGAGAGUGAUUCUGAUUUUGACCUGGAGGAAGACAGGGAGUAAAGGGAAAGGUAGUGGAGGAGGGGGGCACUGGUAGAAGCCUCUAGGACCAUAAUGUUUUGUCAUGACCAUAAUGUUUUGUCAUGGCCAUAACGUUUUGUCAUGGCCAUAAUGUUUUGGAUUUGAACAUUUCUUAGAACUCUUGAGGCUGUUGUGUUUUGGUUAAAAAAUAUAUAUUGUUAAAGAAAAUGUGUUUCACUGUUCUACAUCAUCAAAUGUCCAGGAAAAAUCUGAUGGGUUUGUGAAGGGAAUAUGUUACAAAGAAUUUCCUCCCCACAGAUGUUAUUGGCUGAUAUAUUGCAUUUUGAGUUCUCCUGGCUGGACCGGCCCACUAGUUAAGAAGCACAGAGAUAAACUCAUCUUGGAUAUAACCAGCGAGGAAGCAAGAGGCUUGACUCUGCUCUAAAGUCUGUCAGUGCGAAAAUAGUGUUAACCCGUGGAAUUGGGGAUUUUUUUAAAAUCGAGGUCAAUGAGAGAAUGUCGAAUUUGGUCAACAGUUAAAUAAAGGUUACAUAAAAAUAAAUAAAUAAACAUAAAAUUACA